UGACUGCUAUUUUUGAGUUUUGAUUGUUUUAUACAUAUUUUAAAACUAUAAAAGUAAAAAUGUUCGAAAAAAGUUUAACAAAUAUUUAUAAAUGUUACAAAUCAAAAUGAGAAUUUAAAUAGUGUUUUGAUAUUUGUGAAAAAUAAUUCAAAUUAGUACCAUUAUUAAUUGGAUGCACAAAAAUAAACCUGCUUCUUAUAAGCUACUUUAAGGCCGACGUGAAAUAAUGUCGUGGCCCACUACAUGGAACACUGCAACUUCAUGGCCGGUGAAUCAAGCAUCAACAACCGUAAAUACUGCGGCAAUAGUGCCAAAUGCGGUCACAAAUCCAGUACCAACACCUGGUACUAUAACUGUAAACCCGACACAAUAUACAGCUGAACAAUGGGCAACGAUGCAACAACAAAAUUGGCAACAAUGGAUGCAAUGGCAACAGCAAUAUCAGCAAUGGCAACAACAAUAUGGUGAACAGUAUCAGAAAUCAAUGAGUGCAUUACAAACAGCUGCACAAACUACGACACCUGUUGUACCUCCGACAAUACUUCCAACGCAAGCACUUCAAACGACUCCGGUCGUUGCGCCAGUUCAACCUCCCCUUCCAGUUGCACCAGUAGCUCAACCAUUUGCAACACAACCACCAUUGCCAUUUGCAACUACAGUUGCCCCACCACCACCCUUACCUGAAACUAAACCUCCACCCCCACCUGAACAACAACAAACAACAACUUUCAAUUAUUCUCAGCCUCCACCCACAAUGAAUAUGCAAUCCUUAAAUUUUAAUAAACCUCCCCCUAGUGUUAAUACUUCAAUGUACUCUAAACCACCCCCUCCUAUUGCUCCAAAUUCUGGAUCCAAAGGUGAUCAAACAAAUAAACCACCACCUAGUUUAUUAUCUUUAAAAGUUGAUAAACCUGCGUUUGAUGAUCCACAAUCAAUGCAAAAUAAACGAAAAAAUAACGAUGAUUCUUACGACGACCCAAGUCCAGUAAAAAAUCCCCGCUUGUCUGCUGGUGGCUCAUGGAAUUCUGAUAAUAAUCAAGACAAAAAAGAUGCUACUCCAAAAAAGAAACCAGCUAACCCGAAUGAAAUCACGGAAGCAGAACGAAAAUUUGAUGAACAAUUUAAAGCUUGGGAAGAACAAUUUAAUAAAUGGAAAGAACAAAAUGCAAAUCAUCCUGAUAAAGCACAAUACAAAGAGUAUGAAGCAAAAUGGGAAGCUUGGCGAAAUCAAUUGUUGGAACGACGUGAACAAAUGCGAAGAAAACGAAUGGGUCUGACUGUUCCAAAGUCCGCUAGUAAAAUAACCCCACCAGGUCUAAUUAAGUCUGAAUUGCUUCAAACAACUAGUGAAAAAGUUGAAACAAAGAAAUCUGAACCUAAAAUAACUAUACUUGAAGACAGAGUUGUGGUUCCCGAAAAGUAUGAUAUCAGUGAACAAAAUAUGCAAAAGUUUGAUGUAUUUAAUGAACCUCCUAAAGAACAACGCAAAAGACGAAAUCGUUUGCUUAAUGAUUCAAUGGAAAGUGAAUGUUCUGAUUUAGAAAUAUCAAAAAGUCAAGAAAAUUUAAAUACUGAAGAAACCACUCCUUCCAAUUUCGAGUUUCUAACAAAAAACGAUGGAGGUAUUCCUGGUUUAGAUCUUGUUGAAAAAGAAGAAGAAAGUAAAGAAAAUUCUACUGAAAAACCAAAAGCACCAGAUUACGAUGCCAUAUCAAGGGGUAUAAAUUCGAUUUUAGGUGAUGAAAAUCUCGUUAAUAUUAUUUCUCUGGUAUCAAAACAAAAGCAAGGACAAGCAGAUAACUUUUCAGCAAGUAAUGUUUCUAGUGGAAUUCCACCGACUAAUUUAUACCAACAUGAUUCAAAUUCAUUUACAUCACUUCAAAAGCCUCCUCCAUUUGACGCAACACGUGAGCCCCCUCCUUUUGGUAUACAUACACCAGGAAACUUCUUUCCUAAUAAUCCUGAUUUUAAUAAACCACCGCCACUGUUUGAUCCAAAAGGUCCACCAGGAAAUAAUUUUGAGUAUGAUCAAAACCAAAGAAAUCGUCCGUUAGGUGUACCGCAUAGUGGCCCACCAUCUCAAGAAAUACGUUCGCUAUUUGACAAUAGAAUGCAAUUUCAAAAUCAAAAUGAUAACAGAUAUUCUGGAAGAAAUAAUUAUUUUGACGGACGACGAUCUCCAUCUCAGUUACAAAGACCACCACCUGUGGAUAAUUUUAUCCAAAGAGAUCAACGAUCAAAUAUAUCACAAGAAUCGCAUAGCCAAGAUAAAGAUAUGUUCAAUCAAUUUACUUCACAAAAUCAAAAUUUGGAUCGAGGACCGUUUGGUGCAAACAAACCACCUUCUCUGUUAGACUUAAAUAUAACAAAACCACCAACUGGAAGUCCCUGGAACAAAAAUGAUAGUUUUAAUCGAUUUGAUGAAGGAUUGUCGGAAGGAGUUUUGAAUCAGGAAGACGAUAGACGAUCUUUCAAUCAAAACACGGAUAAUACUAGACCAGCGUUUAAUAAAGAACGAGAUAAUAUAUUUAAUCAGGAUCGAGUUGGCACUAAGCCAAUGUUUAAUCAAGAUAACAGAGGAAGUAAUAGGCAGUCAUUUAAUGACGAUAGAGAUACUAGACCCCCAUUUGGUCAGAACAGAGAUGGUAACAGACCUUCAUUUGGUCUGGAUAGAGAUAUUAAUAAGCCGCCAUUUGGUCAAGACAAGGAUGUUCAUAUACCAUCUUUUGGUAAAAAUAGAGAUAUCAAUAGACCCCCAUUUGGCCAGGAGACAGGCGGAAUUAGACCAUUAUUUGGUCAAGUAAGGAAUGUUAAUAGACCACCAUUUGGUCCAGAUAAAGAUGGGAAUAAAUCAUCAUUUGGACAAGAUAGAGAAGGAAUUAGACCACCAUUUGAUCAAGAUAGAGAUGGCAAUAGACCUCCAUUUGAUCCGGAUAGAGAUGGCAAUAGACCUCCAUUUGGUCCGGGCAGAGAUGUCAAUAGACCUCCAUUUGGCCUGAACAGGGAUGUUAAUAAGCCACCAUUUGGUCAAGAUAGAGAAGGAAAUAGACCACCAUUUGUACAAAAUAGAGAACAAUUUGGACAAGAUAGAGAGGGAAAUAGACCACCAUUUGCCCAAGAUAGAGAAGGUAAUAGACCACCAUUUUCCCAAGAUAGAGAAGGUAAUAGACCACCAUUUGGUCAAGAUAGUGAUGCUAACAUACCUCCAUUUGGCCAAGACAGAGAUAGUAAUAGACCUCUAUUUGGACAGGACAGAGACAAUAAUAGACCACCAUUUGGUCCUGAUAGAGAUACUAACAGGCAACCAUUCAAUCAAGACAGAGAUUUUAAUAGGCCUCCCUUUAAUCAUGAAAGAGAUUUUAAUAGGCCUCCAUUUAAUCAAGACAAAGGGAAUAUUAGGCCACUCUUCGAUGAUGCUGUACUCAAUCCGGGUAGAGAUGGUAAUCGUGUACCACCAUUAAAUUCGGACAAUAGACAAAUGUUUAAUCAAGAUGCGAUUGUAUCGCUUGAACAGAACAUAUCUGAAAAUUUAUCCUUUGAAGGUGACAAACCUAGAAAUUUAGACGAUGAAAUUUUGGCACCGGCAACAGUAGUCGAUUACAAUCAUAAAUCAUUAUAUCAAGAUGAUGAUAUUGUAUUUAUUGAACCGGUAAUAACAAUUGAUUAUAAUCACAAGUCCAAAAGUAUACCUCUGAGUGAAAGUACAAAACCAUGGCGUGAUAGACCUGGUCAUUAUCCACACGAAGCUGACAGAAAGUUAAGCUCAUAUGAUGCCCGAAGUUGGAGGCAAAGUCCAUAUGAUUAUCGUGGCCGAGAUGCUAUACCUCGUGGUCGUGAUAUAUCUCCAGGUCCACGUGGCCGUAAUAUAUCUCCAGGUCCACGAGGCCGUAAUAUAUCUCCUGGUCCACGAGGCCGCAAUAUAUCACCAAAUUCGAGGAGACGCAUAUCUCCAGGUCCACGUGGCCGCAAUAUAUCACCGAGUCAACGCGGUCGGAAUAUAUCUCCAGGUCCACGUGGUUGGAAUACGUCUCCAGGUCCACGUGGUCGGAAUAUAUCACCUGGUCCUCGUGGUCGAAAUAUAUCUCCAGGUACACGUGACCGUAAUAUAUCUCCACUUCCACGUGGGCGUAAUACAUCCCCAGGACCAUAUUCGAAGCAUUAUGAUGAUUUUGAAAUGGAGAAACGAUUUAGUAAUCGAAGGUCAUAUGGAACACACGAAAAUACACGAAAUUCACCUCUAAUGGAUCGAUAUGAAAGAAAACGUUUUGAUAAUAAGCGUUAUUCGGAAAAUGAGGAUAGUAAUCCAGGGGUUUCUGAGAGUUUAUUCCCUGCUGCUGCAACUAGAGAAAUACAAAAUGAAUUUGGUACAAAAAGUUACAAAGAUAAUGCAAAGAGUUUUGGAGAUAAUUUUAAAAAAUCCUCAAAAUGGGAUGAUCCGUUAGAUAAUUAUACUCAUAAUAAGAAUAACGUAUCGAAAUCGAUUACAGAAAAGGACACGAGUAAAUCAAUAUUACAAAAUGUCACCUUAAUUGAUGAUUUACUAAGUCCACCAGGGCGUAAUGCACGGCCACAUCGUAUUGUAAUUAUAUUACGUGGUCCACCAGGAAGUGGUAAAACAUUUUUAGCAAAAUUGAUUAAAGAUAAAGAGGUAUCACAAGGUGGAUCAGCUCCACGUAUUUUAUCAUUAGAUGAUUAUUUUAUGGUUGAAGUGGAGAAAGAUUCAACUGACCCUGAAACUGGUCGUAAAAUUAAAACAAAAGAAAUGGUUUAUGAGUAUGAACAAUGUAUGGAAAUAGCAUAUUUAUCGUCAUUGGUCAAAGCAUUUAAAAAAACGAUCAGUGAUGGCUAUUUUUCAUUUAUAAUUGUUGAUUGUGUCAAUAAUAAAGUUAAGCAAUAUGAGGAUAUGUGGAGUUUUGCUAAGCAAAAUGGAUUCCAGGUUUAUGUAUGUCAAAUGGAAUUAGAUGUUGCAUCCUGUACUAAACGUAAUAUUCAUGGUCGCACAGAAGAACAAAUUGCCGAAUUAGUUGAUGGCUGGGAACAAACGCCAAGCCAUCAUUUAAUGUUAGAUGCAACAUCUUUAUUACAAGCUGCAUGCAUUUCUGAAGUGGAAAUGGAUGAAGUUAGUGAUGACGAUAAUAUACCUGAAGAGACAGUUUUAAAUGCAGAUAAUGAUGAGGAAGAAGCAUUUGACGAUGAGGCCAUAGGAUACAAAAGUAAAUGGGAAACUAUGGAGCAUAGUUUUGAUAAAUUAGCCCGACUGGAUGGUAUUAAUAAACCAUUACGGCAUUCAACUCAGUCCAUGGAAGAUUAUUUACAAUUGGAUGAUUGGAAAGAACCACAACAACAGCCUGGACGAAAACGGGUUCGUUGGGCUGAUCUUGUUGAAAAGAGAGAACAAGAAAAAAUGCGUGCCAUUGGUUUUGUGGUUGGUCAAACUGAUUGGAAGCGUAUGAUGGAUCCAUCACAGGGUAGCAACGCACUUACACAAACUAAAUUUAUAGAAUCCAUACGUAAGUAUUAGAUAAAAAUAUAGAAAUUAGACUAAUUAGAAACAGAACAAAA